GGAAAUGUGAAAACAGAUUUCCUGUUAGUGUCAGUGAGGAGGAGUUGAUCAGUGUUGAUGUUGUUGUCCUCAGCUCCUCGUCCUGCUCGUCGGAUCAUAAAGACUCCACAGAUUCAACUGUCUCAGUCUGAAGGAGAAUCAACAGUCACCAAGACUUCAGCUCCUCUUCCUGUGCGGUGGUGGUGGUGGGGGGUCAUGAUGACAUCACAGGUCCUCUUUGACACACUGGGACAUCUGGGAAAAGACGAAUUCCACAACUUCAAAUGGCAUCUGCAGCAGGGUGACGGUUACAGCUACUCAGCCAUCCCAAAGGGCAAACUGGAGGAUGCAGAGCGGCGGGACACAGUAGAUCUGAUGAUGCAGACCUACACACCUCGGAAAGCCGUGGUGGUGACCAGGAGGAUUUUAGAGAAGAUCAACAGGAAUGAUCUGGUGGAGCGAUUGUCUGGCACCAGGUCAGGAUCAGAAGCUGUGAUAGUUCCAGUGCCAGAAUCACAACCUAUCACAUAUUACCAAGGAAAGCUUCAGUCAAACCUCCAGAACAGGUUCAUGUGUGCACAAGAAGGGUGGGCACAGAAGAAGGAUGAGCAGUGUCUGGCUGAUAUCUACACAGAGCUGUACGUCACAGCUGGGGCUGACGUCCAUAUCAACACACAGCAUGAGGUCAGACAGAUUGAGAAACCAGGAAAACCAGCAGACACAGAGAAAUCGGUUAAACCCAGUGACAUGUUCAAACACCCCUCUGGAAAAUACAGACCCAUAAAAACACUGCUGACCAAUGGAAUCGCAGGAAUUGGAAAAACGUUCCUUGUGCACAAGUUUGUGUUGGACUGGGCUGAAAAAAGAACCAAUCAAGACGUUCAUCUAAUUUUCCCCUUCACCUUCCGUCAGCUGAAUUCAAUGAAGGGAGAAAAGUUUCAUUUGGUAGAGCUCAUUCAUGAAUGUAUCCCAGAAACCAAGCACAUCAGUGACGACGCUCUUAUGUACGUUUUUAAAAACUUAGAGGAAUCAGGAAACAGCAACUUUGACAAAAGUGAAUUCAAGCUUUUGUUUAUUUUGGAUGGACUGGAUGAGAGCCGCCUUCAAUUGGACUGCACCACAAAUGAAAAGCCGGAAGGUGACUUUGUUGUGACAGAGUCCACUUCAGUGGACGUGCUGCUGACAAACCUAAUCAGGGGGAAACUGCUUCCCUCUGCUCGCCUCUGGAUAACCACACGACCUGCAGCAGCCAAUCAGAUCCAUUCUGAUUUUGUCAACAUGGUGACAGAGGUCAGAGGGUUCACUGACCCACAGAAGGAGGAGUAUUUCAGGAAGAGGUUCAGAGAUGAGGAUCAGGCCAGCAGGAUCAUCUCCCACAUCAAGACCUCACGAAGCCUCCACAUCAUGUGUCACAUCCCAGUCUUCUGCUGGAUCACUGCUACAGUUCUGGAGGAUGUGUUGAAAACCAGAGAGGGAGGAGAGCUGCCCAAGACCCUGACUGAGAUGUACACCGAAUUCCUGGUGUUUCAGAUCAACCAGACAAAAAAGAAGUAUGGCCCAGAAAAGAAAAUGCAGUACAUUAAAUCUCUGGCAAAACUGGCUUUUCAGCAGCUGGAAGAAGGCAACAUCAUCUUCUAUGAGAAAGACUUAAAAGAAAGUGGUGUUGAUGUCAAUGGGGCCUCGAAGUGUUCUGGUGUGUUCACAGAGAUCUUUAAAGAAGAGCGUGGGAGGAAGGAUGAAGACAAGAUAUUCAGCUUUGUGCAUCUGAGUGUUCAGGAGUUUCUAGCUGCUGUUUAUGUGAGGAUGUCGCUCUUUAAACACAACAGAAAUGUGAUGUGUGAGCCAGCAACAACCAUUCAGCAACUGCGGAUGGUUUUCAGUCAAAUGUCUGUGGCAGAAAUCCACAGGAUUGCUAUUAACAAGGCCUUACAGAGUACAAAUGGACACCUGGACUUGUUCCUCCGUUUCCUCCUGGGUCUUUCACAAGAACCCAGUCAGAAACUCCUACCAGACCUGCUAAAGAACACAAUAAGUAUUUCAGAGGCCCAUCAGGAAACUGUUAAGUACAUCAAGAAGAAGCUCAGUGAGAAUCUUUCUCCAGAGAAAAGCAUCAACCUGUUCCACUGCCUGAAUGAACUGAAUGAUCGUUCUCUAGUAGAGGAGAUCCAACAGUCCCUGAGUUCAGGAAGUCUGUCCACAGGUUAUCUCUCUCCGGCUCAAUGGUCAGCUCUGGUCUUCAUCUUACUGUCAUCAGAAAAAGAUCUGGACGUGUUUGACCUGAAGAAAUACUCUGCUUCAGAGGAGGCUCUUCUGAGGCUGCUGCCAGUGGUCAAAGCCUCCAACAAAGCUCUACUGAGUGGCUGUAACCUCUCAGAGAGAAGCUGUGAAGCUCUGUCCUCAGUUCUCCGCUCCCAGUCCUCUAGUCUGAAAGAGCUGGACCUGAGUAACAACAACCUGCAGGAUUCAGGACUGAAGAUGUUGUCUAUUGGACUAGAGAAUCCACAUUGCAGACUUGAGUCACUCAGGCUGAGUGGUUGUAACCUUUCAUGGAGAAGUCUUAAAACCAUUUCCUCAGUUCUCAGCUCCCAGUUCUCUAGUCUGAGAGAUCUGGACCUGAGUAAUAACAACCUACAGGAUUCAGGAGUAAAGCUGCUGUCUGAGGGACUGGGAAGUUCACAAUGCAGACUGAAGAUUCUCAGACUGAGUGGCUGUAACCUCUCGAAGAGAAGCUGUGAAAUUCUGUCCUCAGUUCUCAGCUCCCAGUUCUCUAGUUUGAGAGAUCUGGACCUGAGUAACAACAACCUACAGGAUUCAGGGGUGAAGCUGCUAUCUGCUGGACUGGAAAGUACACAGUGCAGACCAGAAAAUCUCAGACUGAGUGGCUGUAACCUCUCAGAGAGAAGCUGUGAAGCUCUGUCCUCAGUUCUCAGCUCCCAGUCCUCUAGUCUGAGAGAUCUGGACCUGAGUAACAACAACCUGAAGGAUUCAGGAGUGAAACUGUUGUCUGCUAGACUGGAGAGUCCACACUGCAGACUGGAGACUCUCAGACUGAGCAGCUGUAACCUCUCAGAGAGAAGCUGUGAAGCUCUGUCCUCAGUUCUCAGUUCUGAGUCCUCUAGUCUGAGAGAUCUGGACCUGAGUAACAAUGACCUGCAGGAUUCAGGAGUGAAACUGCUCUCAGAUGGACUGGAGAAUCCUCACUGCAGAAUGGAAAAUCUUGGUCUGUCAGGUUGUCUGAUCUCAGAGGAAGGCUGUUCUUCUCUGGUCUCAGCUCUGAGAUCCAACCCCUCCUAUCUGAGAGAGCUGGACCUGAGCUACAAUCAUCCAGGAGACUCAGGAGUGAAGCUGCUGUCUGAUGGACUGGAGGAUCCAGACUGGAGACUUGACACUCUCAGGGUGGAACAUGGUGGAGAACAGAGGUUGAGACCUGGUGUGAGGAAGUAUUCCUGUGAACUGGAACUGGAUACAAACACAGUGAACAGAAACCUCAAACUUUCUGACAACAACAGGACAGUCACAGCCAUAAGAGAGAAGCAGCCAUACCCUGAUCAUCCAGACAGAUUUGAUGGCUGGCAUCAGCUGCUGUGUAGAACUGGUCUGACUGGUCGCUGUUACUGGGAGGUCGAGUGGAGAGGACUGGUUCAUAUAGCAGUGACUUACAGAGGAAUCAGAAGGAAAGGACUCGGUGAUGACUGCUGGUUCGGAGGAAAUAAUCAGUCCUGGAGUCUGAGCUGCUCUGAUAUUGAUGGUUACUCUGUCUGGCACAAUAACGAAGAAACAGAUGUCCCCACCCCCCCCACCCCCUCCUCCUCCUCCUCUGUCUCUAACAGAGUAGCAGUUUAUGUGGACUGUCCUGCUGGCUCUCUGUCCUUCUACAGAGUCUCCUCUGACUCUCUGAUCCACCUCCACACCUUCAACACCACCUUCACUGAACCUCUAUAUCCUGGGUUUAAGCUGUGGUGCAGGUGCUCGUCUGGUUCCUUGGUGGUUUUGCGCUCUGUGUGGUAGAGAAACACUCACACACUCCAGCUCCACUUUAUCUGAAGCUGUUUACACUGAAAACAGACUGAGCAGUAACCAAUAUUUUACAUCAUAUCCUCUGAAAACUGAUCGAUCUGUAAGUCAUAACAGCUCCAUGAUUUUAUAUCUGCUCAUUUAAUUAAUUAUAGUGACUGAGAGAGACUUUAUACGCUGAGUUACUGAGACUGUUCCUUUUCAUUGGAGGAGUGUUUGUGUGCUAUGUUUGUGUUGUGUAUGUGCUGGGUGGGGGGUGGGGUGUCUCUCAUUAUUUAUCUUAGCUAAUUAAACUGGCCUAACUGUUAGCACAGGAAGAGUAUAUAAACCAGGUUCCUGGUGUUCUGUCUCCACCUGCUGCUCAGUCAGACCUGCCUCAGAUCAUCAGUGAACAAGUCAAGAUUUCUGACAUGAACUUAAAUUAAAUCAUUUUAAUUGGUUGAUCCAUUCA